CCAGCUACUAGUAGCCCACCAAACCCAAUUUGCCAAACCAACCAACUAAUUAUACAAGUAGUACUAUCUUUGUUUGUUUUGAACGUACAAAGUACAAACCCAACCAACCAAACUUUGUUAGUACUAAAUUUCUUCUUCUUGUCAUAAACCCUUUCUCUGUCCUUAACAAGAAUGGAGGCAAAGCUAUUGAGAGUUGCUCCCAUUUUCCCCACUUGUUUGUCAAAACCCAAUUCAAAUUACCCUCGCCUGCACCAACAAAAUUACACCUUUCAGUCCCUCAAUUUUUCACAUUUCAAGAAACCCCUUCAGCCUGUUCAAGCAUCUGCUGCUUCCAUUGGAGUGGAUGCUAAGAAAAGGAUUGAUGGGAGCAAGUGCUAUACUUUAGAUGGGAUACGAAGUUCAUUGAUACGUCAAGAGGAUAGCGUUAUAUUUAGCCUUGUGGAGAGAGCACAAUAUUGUUACAAUUCGGACACAUAUGAUCCAAAUGCCUUUUCGGAGGAUGGAUGCCAAGGAUCUUUGGUUGAGUUUAUGCUCAGAGAAACUGAAAAGCUUCAUGCUCAGGCCGGAAGAUACAAGAGUCCUGAUGAGCAUCCUUUUUUCGCAGAGCACUUGCCCGAACCGAUAUUGCCGCCUUUGCAGUAUCCGCAGGUUCUGCAUCCUGUUAGUGAAUCAAUUAAUAUCAACAGUAAAAUAUGGGAUAUGUAUUUUAAGAAGCUUGUGCCAAGAUUGGUCAAGGAAGGCAAUGAUGGAAAUUGUGGAUCAACUGCAGUGUGUGACACAAUAUGCUUGCAGGUGCUCUCAAAGAGAAUUCAUUAUGGAAAAUUUGUAGCAGAAGCAAAAUUUCGAGCGUCUCCAGAUUCUUAUGAAGCUGCAAUAAGAGGACAAGACAAGGCCCAGCUAAUGGAAUUGCUAACGUACCCAGACGUGGAAGAAGUAAUUAUCAGGAGAGUUGAGAUGAAAACCAGAACUUAUGCUCAAGAGGUUACCGAAGAUGAGGCUGAACCUGUGUAUAAAAUUAAACCGAGCUUGGUGGCGGAUCUGUAUGGAACCUGGAUAAUGCCAUUGACCAAGGAAGUUCAAGUUGAAUAUUUAUUGAGGCGGUUGGACUAAUAUGGAAAGAGAACUCAUUUUCUGAUGUGUGAAUUCAUGGUUUGCACAUUGGGGUGCUUUGUUGCACACAAAAAAAGUACUUUACAAUUUGAGCUUCGAUUGUUGUGAUUCUGUGUACAUUUGAUAUGGGGGAAAUGGCAGUCCGAAAACAAAGUAUGUACCGACUGAAUGAUGACUUGUGUCGUGAGAGUCAGGUACAACUUUUAAGCAUAAUUCACAAUUAUAAUCGUAGACCAUCCCAGCUAUAGUGGCUUGUUAUUCA